AUGGCGCCCCUUCCUGGAUUCUCCGACAACCAAUUCCGCACACACGACGACAUCAUACGUGCAGCUAUCGCACUCACUAACCCCUUGGAACAAUAUAAAUCCCCUAGACAUGCACGGAUAAAGAUUGCGACAUGCACAGGUGCAGGCUUCAGCGAAACAGCAGCCCAACUCGAAGGCUUCGCGCGACCGCUGUGGGUCGUCGCUGACUUACUCCGCCUCCAGCAACAUGACAACAAGACCAUAAGUGCCUCUUCGGAAAUUGCAUUGGAGUCAUGGAUAAUCGGAAUCCGAGCUGGAACCGACCCGAGAAGUCCGGAAUACUGGGGCGAUCUUUCUGAUUUUGAUCAGCGCAUGGUGGAGAUGGAGUCUAUCGCUUUUGCGCUGCUGGCAAAUCCCACCGCGUUCUCUUUCGAAACUGAUUCAACUACACGAUCCAAUCUCGUUGCAUGGCUUCGGCAGAUCAAUGGACCCGACAUGCCUCAGAGCAAUUGGUUGUGGUUCCGUGUAUUGGUAAACCUCGCGCUGGUCAAGACGCUCCACGUCCCCAUAGAUGAAGUGAAAGUACACAUCGAUACGAGCUUGGAAACACUGGACGAAUUCGACAUUGGAGAAGGGUGGUCUUCGGACGGCCCCUGGUGCGAACAAAGGAAGCAGGCCGAUUACUACAGCGGGAGUUUUGCGAUACAGUUUGCACAACUUCUCUACGUCCGCUUUGCCCCAGAAUACGAUCCAGCUCGUACAUCCAAAUAUAUAGAGCAAGCUCACCAAUUUGGGACAGAGUACUGGAGGUACUUCGCUCCGGACGGUUCAGCGAUCCCAUUUGGACGAAGCCUGACGUAUCGAUUCGCGUUCGCGGCAUUCUGGGCAGCCAUCGCACUCACAGGUCUUGAGCUACCUGCUCCAGUUCACGAGGUGGGGACGGUGAAGGGUUUACUACUGAGGCACCUGAGGUGGUGGGCGAAGCAACCGCACAUUUUUAAUACCGACGGUACACCAAACAUCGGGUUUGUGUACCCGAACAUGUACGUUGCCGAGAAUUACAACUCCCCACAAUCAGUUUAUUGGUGCCUUAAAAGCUUCCUAGUCCUCGGACUUGAUGAUAAGGUUGCAUUCUGGCAGGCAGAAGAGUUGCCUCAUCCGAAAACUCUCGAGGCUGCUACACACCACGACAAGGAGAUCAGCGACAUCAAGCUUCUAUGGCCCCCACGCCAGAUACUUUGCAACACUCAAGCGCACACAUUCUUGCUCUCUUCGGGGCAGUCUACAAAUAAAGGGUUCAAGGCACGUGAAGCCAAGUACGGGAAGUUCGCCUACUCCUCUUCCUUUGGCUUUAGCGUACCCUGCGGUCCGUCACUGGAACAGAUAGCACCAGAUUCCACGCUGGCUGUUUCACUCGAACCGGAGGAAGACGACUGGAAGGUACGAUGGAACCCACAUGAUGUCGAGGCCGGAGAGUUUCACAUAGAGGCGUGCAAGGACACGGUACCCAUCUUAAUGAGUCGCUGGAAGCCAUGGAAUAAACGCAACUUGGUCAUAGAAUCGCUCCUUGUACCACCCAUACGAAGGUGGCCUGGAUGGAGCCUGAGAUUACACUGCGUGAAGUGGACAUCAUGCCUCUUGAUGGAGGAAACACUGCAAAUAGUGGAUGGUGGUUUUGCGGCGAGUGCGCAGGCAGCAGGAAACGUCUCUAUCUUUGAGCAGCCAUGUGCAGAAUUUCCUCCUGGAAUUGAAGAUAACAGGACAUCGUUCGGAUGGUGGAAAGACCAUGAAAGCGCUUUCGUACUUUCAGAGUCGGGAGGAAGUGGUGUUGUCGACUUGACAGAUCUUUGCAUGCGUAACACUACAGUGAAGGCGUUUGUUGAGAGCAAUGCGACGGUCGUUCGCGCAGACCCUAACACGUAA